AUGAAUCGAUUUAUGGUUGAUUCGACUGUAAUACCUAUACGAGUCCUGCUUCUGAAUACCAUUUAAUGUAUUUCUGCUGGGAGUAAUAAGAUAAUGAUGGGUUAUGUCAACUCUUACGCAGUUUAUUGACGGAUUAAUUCUGCUGAACACUUAUUGUAAUGUUUUAGAAAGAUGCCAAUCGUUUAAAAGGUGAUCAGGAAUAAGAAACAAUGUAUGAUUUAAUGUACAACAUCACUACCCUACCCUACGUCACAGAGACGACCGAUUCCAACUUGACAGAAUCAGACCGGCCUCCGGACCCAGUCGUGUUUAUCAUCAGCAUUGUGUGGAGUCUCAUAAUUCUAACAGGUGUAAUAGGCAACGGUUUAGUUAUUUACAUCCUAUUUAGAUACGGGGAGCGGUCUGUUACAAAUGUCUACGUCACAAAUCUUGCCUUUGCUGACUUGAUGUUUAUUAUAAUGGUUGUUCCAGUCACACUUAUUCAUAACGUCAUCCCCACGUGGAUUUUAGGAAGUAUUAUCUGUAAAUUUUCUACCUAUAUGAUCUAUGUGACUCUACACGCUACAUGUUUGACAUUGUCAGCCAUGACGAUAGAUCGAUAUCAUGCAAUAGUUAAUCCUAUACAGUCAAUGAACUGGAGGUCAACACGUGCUUCAUCAUUUGUGUGUCUAGGAGUCUGGACAGCGUCACUGUGCAUAUCGUUACCAUUCCUGUUAUAUUAUGAGGUUGUACCAAGAAAUCAGUCGGAAGUAUUGGACUGUGCACCCCAGUGGCCUUCUAUGGGAGAAGAAUGGAAUAAAGGUACAACAUUAGGAGUGGUACUAACAACGUUUAUCCUCCCACUCACAGCUAUCGUCAUAUGUUACGGAUAUAUACUGCAUCAUCUAUGGAAAGGACAAAAAUUGAAACGUUCUGGCGAACAAGACAAUGAAAACACUGUCUUGCCGGUUAAAAACAGUAAACAGCAUAGACAGAUGGAAAGAAUAAAGCGAGUUACCCGAAUGGUUGCCAUUGUUGUUUUGCUUUUUGCUGUUUGCUGGUGCCCAAUUCAUUUUGUGGCGCUGUGGUUUCAGUUUGACCCAAACUUUCCGAGAACAGACGCAAUGCAUUAUUUCAAACUGUUCGGACACACUUUAUCUUAUGCCAAUUCUUGCGUUAAUCCUUUCGUAUAUGCCUUUGUUAACGAUGGAUUCAAAAAGGCUAUAAUGAAACGUUCUCCACUCCUCAGUAAACUGUGCAAAUGUGUUCUUAGACCAAGACAAAGGAAAGAGGAGACGCCAAUGAUCGAUAAAGCAGUAGAAGCAAGACCUGGUAUGGAUGGCCCGUCGGAGUACAUGACAACACAAACAACAGUUACUCUUUAAUCAUAUAUAUAUUAUAGCUUUCAAAUCCGUACUGUAAAAACAGAUAAACAGUUGGAACAGAUCUUAACUGACGAAAAAGGUCUAUUCAAUGCAACUUUAACUAAUUGAAAUGUCAAUGGUUAGUCGUUUAUCGCUUAGACGGACGGCAAACACACAGAAAGAGUUUUAAUUAUACGUUUAUUGUUCAUAUUUUGUUUUUCUAUUCGUAAAAAAGAAAGCAACGCCAGACAGUCUUUCUUUUCCAGUAUAAUUAGUUUUAUAUUCCUAUCAAUUUGUGAAUUGUUAUUUGUUUUACUGCUAACACGCAGCAUAUAAGAAUUGGUUUGAAUAAGUGCGCUAUAAAAAAACAGCAUUAAAUAAUUGGAUGUGUGUGUGUAUGUCG